AUGGCAGGAGAACAGAAACCGUCCUGCAAUCUUCUAGAGCAGUUUAUUUUGCUAGCCAAAGGUACAAGUGGCUCAGCUCUGACUGCUCUUAUAAAUCAAGUGCUGGAGGCUCCUGGGGUUUAUGUCUUCGGAGAGCUGUUGGAGUUAACAAAUGUGCAAGAGCUUGCUGAAGGGUCUAAUGCUGCUUAUUUCCAGUUGCUGAACCUGUUUGCGUACGGAACGUACCCAGACUAUGUAGCAAACAAAGAUAACCUGCCUGAAUUAACAGCGACUCAGAAAAAUAAGCUGAAACACUUGACGAUUGUAAGCCUGGCUUCCAGAAUGAAGUGCAUUCCCUAUUCUGUGUUGCUGAAGGACCUGGAUAUGAGGAAUCUGAGGGAGCUGGAAGAUCUGAUUAUUGAAGCGGUUUAUACAGAUAUUAUCCAGGGGAAGUUGGAUCAACGAAACCAGGUGCUAGAGGUGGAUUUUUGUAUCGGCAGAGACAUUCAGAAGAAGGACAUCAGUAACAUUGUCAAAACACUCCAGGAAUGGUGUGAUGGUUGUGAAGCGGUUCUUUUAGGAAUUGAGCAGCAAGUACUUAGAGCCAACCAAUACAAAGAGAACCAUCACCGAACUCAGCAGCAGGUAGAGAUGGAGGUCACAAACAUAAAGAAAACAUUAAAAGCUACAGCCUCGUCGUCGGCCCAGGAGAUGGAACAGCAGCUGGUAGAGCGAGAGUGCCCUCCACACACAGAACAAAGGCAGCCCACAAAGAAGAUGUCCAAAGUCAAAGGGCUGGUCUCCAGCCGUCACUAGAACAUACCAUCCAAAUGUCAUUCAGCUAGGAAUGACAACAGGAGGAGCAAAAAAGGGCCUGCGUCUCCUUUUUCAGUGGGUUCUGGGCCAGUCCCUUCCAGGCUGGCAAAUAAAAGCCCUGUUUGAAUACAGCUCCCAGUUAGCAGCACCUGGCUAAGUUACACUGUGCAGCCCCUAUUAAUUUCCAGGGUGUUCCUGUUCUGGUCCUGUAAAGAGGGACUUCUAAAGAGAGGGACUAACCAAAAGGGGCAGGAAAAAAAAAUAUCUGUGGACAGUUUUUCUCUCUCCCAGCCAGUCUCAUUGCUGCUUAACCUUGAGGAAGCUGCUGUACUAAAUCAGAUCUUGGGAGAACUUCUGUAGCAAGUGUCUGAAUCCCAGGGUUGAAGUGUGGCUACCAAAGCCAGGCUGGGAGCGAGGAAGCCAUCAACACAGAUCUUUCUAUUCCCAAAGGGAGCACAGAAAGGUUUCUAGGUCAGGAACUGCUUUACAUGGAAGUCUUCAGCCUUUCCGCUACCCCUGUCUAUUUUAAACUGGGGUGGAAUUCACACUACCUCGCUCUGUGAAGAUGAGAUCCAGUGCUGGGCUGUUUACUUAACUCUCUGUUUACUGCCCUUACUAAGCCCUUUAAUCUCUCACAGAUUUAAAGCACUGUUCUGCAUCUCUGAGGCCUCAAUACAAUAAGGAGGAAGCAGGCUGCUCUUUCAAGCCUUCCUUCUUGCAGGUGGUUAGGGGCAUACUAGAAACUGUUCCUUCUGAAUGUGAUGUGACCUCCCAGAGCUGCUUGUGAGUUCUUUCCCCCAUUGAUACCUUCAAAGGGUAAUACAUUUGCUCUUCCUUGGAUGCUAGCGACAGAGGUCUGCAUGGGAGAAGAGCCCGUUUAGCAUCGUGGCAGGCUGGUGGCCCAGGACCCACUGGCAGGGGUCGCAGCAGCAUCCCCUUGCUGAAGCAAUGGACUUGACUAGUCUUUCUGAAUUUUGGACACUUUCAGGUUGUAUUUUCCUCCCUUUUUUGUACAUUGUUGUGAUUCUAAAGCAUUGCAGCCUU